UUGACUGACGAAGCGUUCUUCAGAGGAAUGCACUUGGGUGAGGUAGCACCACGCAUUCCGAUGACUCCUACAUUUUUCCUGGCGCCAUGGCUCGCUCCCCUGGUCUUGCUGUGGGCAUGCUUGUAACGGUUUCAUGUCUUCUCGUUCAAAGUAUCCCCUUCGGGGCAAAGAAUGUCGACGAUGAAGCCUCAGCUACGAAAAUAUCGGAGUCUGUCCGACACCACGUGCUCCAGGUGAAACAGCAGAGAUUAUCUAGAUCACCGACAGACGUGCAUUCAGCCUCGACCCCACCCGCUUCAUCGCCCUCUCUCUUGCAGCCAACCACCCCUGAGGACGUUGCGUCUCACGUGAAAACCAACGAGGCAAACGGGAAACAAGCCUCUACUCAUGUAUGCACACUUGACGGCACGACGGGUUUCCAGUGCCACAACAGCAGCGUCUGUCUGCUUCUGGAACGAGUCUGCGACGGCACUCCAGACUGCGCAGGUGCGGAGGACGAGGCCCCCGAACGCUGCCUAUGUGACGGCAUGUUCUGCAACAUCACCAACCAGUGUGUACCAAGCCUGUACAUAUGCAACGGGGAUCCUCGCGACUGUGACGGUCAGGAUGAGCAGGGAUGUCCGGAGGUCCGCCAGGGUUACUGCCUCACCGACGAGUUCCGCUGUCCGACUGGCCAGUGCAUCCCAGACUACUGGCACUGCGACGGGCACAGCGACUGCCCGGGCGGCAGCGACGAGUCGCGGUGCGCCUCGAAGACGUGCACAGUGGGCUACUUCAGAUGCGACUCUGGGGCGUGUGUCAAGCAGUCUUGGGUGUGCGACGGGCAGGAAGAUUGUUUGGACGGGUCGGACGAGAGGGCUCCGCUGUGCCUUCCGCAGUGCGGUCUGACGGAGUACACCUGCCAGGACAAGCUGUGCAUUGCCCGGAGUGCGGUAUGCGAUGGGAAGUACGACUGCAGCGAGGGGGAGGAUGAAGGUGCGCAAUGCAGAUGCAGUCCGCAGCAGUUCGAGUGCACACCCGGGACGUGCAUAUCAAAGUCUCAGAGAUGUGACGGCCAACGAAACUGUAUCAACGGGAACGACGAACUCAACUGUAAUGUCGUCGAGACUUGUCGGUCUGGCGAGUUUAAAUGUCCCGGGCCGGUUCACAAGUGCCUCCCUUCGAGUUUUGUUUGUGAUGGCAAGUUUUCGGACUGCCCCAACGGGGAAGAUGAGGAGAAUUGUGGGUGCGGAACUGACGAAGUUGAGUGUUUAGACGGUACAACGUGCAUCAGGGAGAGCCAGGUGUGUGACAGGGUCCCAGACUGUCCAUCGGGAGAGGACGAAAAAGGCUGUGAGUGCGCACUGAUUGAGCACGAAUGCCCAGAUGGGUCUUGUGUACCAGAGUCUGCCUUGUGCAACGGCGUGGACGACUGCCCCGACGCGUCGGACGAGGAGGGCUGCAGCACCCCGCCCCCUGCCUGCGGCCCGCCUGCGAAUUUCCGGUGCCCGAACGGAGAAUGUAUCGCGAGCGGGCAGGUGUGCGACGGCAGGAAUCAUUGCAGUAGGGGCGAGGAUGAGGUUGACUGCCCAGCAUGCCUUGCAACCGAGUUUGAGUGCGAGUCAGGAGAAUGCAUCAGCCUGUCCAAGCUCUGUGACUUCACCGUGGACUGUCUCUCUGGGAGGGAUGACGAAAGGGUGGACCGAUGCGGGCCAAGUCUGUGCAACACCGAUGAACUAGGCUUCGUUUGCAGCUCCGGUAAAUGUAUUGCAAUCUCUGAGAUCUGUGACGGCACUAGUGACUGCCCAGACGCUGAAGACGAAGUGGAAUGUUUCACUCCUAGACCCACAGUGAAUGUUGGAGAAGAAAUUGACCAACUGAAGGUUGGCGUGGGACAGUUACAAGAACAAUUCGUGUUUGUAAACGAAAAAGUUGAUGAAUUUGGGAGAAACAUAGCCGCUUUUGACGACGAACUCAACGCCUUUGGGCAAGAUCUUAACUCGCUCACUAAUGAAGUCGACGAAGUAAGAGAAGAGAUGGAGAAAAUAAAGGAGCCCACUCCUAGCUCUGGAGGGCGCCCUGGAGUCGGACCUGGCGGAGGUGGAGGGGGGCGCCCCAAUGCUCGACCUGGAGGGAGACCAUCAACGAGACCCGGGAACAGACCGUCCGACGGUGUCGGACAGCCGUAUCGCCCUGGGGGUAGACCAUUCCAAGAUAACGGUCGUCCGCCGCAACAGCAGGGGGCCUCGUCGCAAGGUUCCAGUAGGUAAUCUCAGCGACCAAUGGUAGAGCAUAACUUAGGGAGCAUGAAAACCUCGGAAAAAUUAACAUAAUUUUUUUUCAUGUUCUACAGCAGGGGAAAACAAAAUUUAAAAAAUAAAAUUCAGUUAUCCUAUGUGUGAUAGAAAAGAGGUUGUAAACAGAGACACUUAUUAAUAUAUGACAAAUUGUAACAAUGAAAUUGAUUUGCUGGAUCUAUUGGCUUUUUGUGUUUCUUUUUUGUUUCACUGGACGAAAAUAUCUGUCGAAGUUACAGAUAAAAACAAUCAUUGUAAUAAGAGUUAUGUAAAUCAUUAUCUAUUAAAUGUGGCUAAGUAUUAGAAUAUACUCUUAUACACGUAGUUCCUUUUCGCUUUUAUGUUUUUAGUUUCUUUAUGCAUUUUCAGAAUAAGCAGGAUCCUUCUCAAUGGACAUUUAUUUGGAAAAACACAGUAGUCACGUGGCGCUUGUUUUCUAACAGUAACUCCCAUAUGUUAAACACAUAAUUGUGAAUUAAUCCUUUGAUAACAUUCAGCAUCUACAUGUUUGGAAAAGCACCGCUAGGCCCAUGGGAUCAACCAGAUUGCAAUUGUUAAAACACUAAUGAUGACCAAGUCUCGUAAUAACAUUGAUUGUGUUGAUGCACUUUUCCCCACUUGCCCAAAAUUACUGGAAGAAGGAAUAAAAACCCUGAAUGUCAAGAUUUAA